UUUAGACCUGGAACUUGUUCUAGACCCUGGACUUGUUGGUUUAGACUUGGAAGGGUCAGAGUGGAGACAGAGUUCAGAGUCUUGUCAGUUUUGUUUGAAUUGCUGUGUUUGUGUUCUUCCUGCUCAGAAACGUGUGAUUUGUCCAUCAGCCUCCCGCCUCUUUUUUUUAACCUGCUGUGUUUGCAGACUUGCAGGCUCGCUGGUUUCUCUGCUCAGUGAAGCAACACUCUGCUAUAAAUACAUGAAUCAUAGCCGAGGCUCUGCUGGCAGCGCGGCGUCUGUAUUCACUCUCUGAACCUGGACGAUUGCAGAUCCACACACGACUGUUGACAGUUGGUUUAUAUCUGAGCAGCUGCUGCAUUUCUCUUUUCGCCCUGUGGGGAGUUCACUGCCACAAAGUUUUCCUCUUUGGGACGUUUUCUGUUUUCCCAGAAGCAGAAUCUCUUUUUUUUGAAGCAGCUAUGGGAGACUACUGGGGAGACAUUGCCGGUCAGAGGGUGGCCAGAGCUGUGUCCCAGGGGAACGAUGAGGAGGCGGUGCUGGACCAGGGAAAGACGAGCUCCACCCUCCACACCAACUUUGAGAAGGAAGAGCUGGAGAGUCACAGGGCGGUGUACGUGGGGGUCCACGUGCCUCUGGACCGACAGAGCCGGAGGCGUCACCGUCACAGAGGACACAGACAUCACCGGAAACGGCGCGAACGGGAGGACGGACGGGACUCGCCCACAAAUGACACGCCGUCGCAGAGAGUCCAGUUCAUCCUUGGGAUGGAGGACGACGACGAGGAGCACAUUCCCCACGACCUGUUCACUGAGCUGGAUGAGCUCGCCUUCAGAGACGGAGAGCUCCAGGAGUGGAAGGAGACGGCACGGUGGUUGAAGUUUGAGGAGGACGUAGAAGAUGGCGGUGAGCGUUGGAGCAAACCGUACGUGGCGACGCUGACGCUGCACAGUCUGUUCGAGCUGCGUUCCUGCAUCAUUAACGGCACAGUGCUGCUUGACAUGAGAGCUAACACCAUUGAGGAGAUCGCAGACAUGGUGAUAGACAGCAUGCUGGCGUCGGGUCAGCUGGAGGACGGCGUUCGGGAGAAGGUGAAGGAAGCCAUGCUGAGACGUCACCACCACCAGAAUGAGAAGAAGCUGAGCAACCGGAUCCCACUGGUUCGAUCCUUCGCCGACAUCGGCAAGAAACACUCCGACCCCCAUUUACUGGAACGUAACGAUCUGCUGGCGUCUCCUCAUUCGGCUCCCGGAAACCUCGACCACAGCAAAACCGGCGAGAGUCGCAUCAAUGGAGGCAGCCGGGAAAACAGCACGGUGGGCUUCACCAAGGACUGCGACUGUGUUUGUCUGCUGCCAGCGGCCAGUAGAAAACCUGCCGUCGAUAUGAAUUUCAUGAGGAAGAUUCCUCCCGGUGCCGAGGCCUCAAACGUCCUGGUGGGUGAAGUCGACUUCCUGGAGCGACCCAUCAUUGCGUUUAUUCGUUUGUCUCCUGCUGUGCUGCUGACGGGCCUCACCGAGGUCCCAGUGCCAACCAGGUUUCUCUUCCUGCUGCUCGGUCCGUUUGGAAAAGGUCCGCAGUACCACGAGAUCGGACGAUCCAUCGCCACUCUGAUGACGGACGAGAUUUUCCACGACGUCGCCUACAAAGCGAAGGACAGGAACGACCUGCUGUCCGGCAUCGACGAGUUCCUGGAUCAGGUCACCGUGCUGCCGCCUGGUGAAUGGGACCCCAGUAUCCGCAUCGAUCCCCCAAAGAGUGUCCCGUCUCAGGAGAAGAGGAAGAUGCCGUUGCUUCCUAAUGGCUCCGCCCACAGCUCUGACCCAGCGAAGGAGGCGGAGCAUCAAAGUGGACCAGAGCUGCAGAGGACGGGGAGGAUCUUCGGUGGUUUGGUGAACGACAUUCGGAGGAAAGCUCCGUUCAUGUGGAGCGACAUCAGAGAUGCAGUCAGCCUGCAGUGUUUGGCGUCCGUCCUCUUCCUCUACUGCGCCUGCAUGUCGCCCGUCAUCACGUUUGGAGGUUUGCUGGGAGAAGCCACCAAAGGAAACAUAAGUGCCAUAGAGUCCCUGUUCGGGGCGUCUCUGACAGGCAUGGCCUACUCUCUGUUUGCUGGUCAGCCUCUCACCAUACUGGGAAGCACUGGUCCAGUUCUGGUCUUUGAGAAGAUCCUCUUCAAGUUCUGCAGUGACUACGGUCUGUCCUACCUGUCUCUGAGGACCAGCAUCGGCCUGUGGACGGCCUUCCUGUGCCUGCUGCUGGUCGCCACCGACGCCAGCUCUCUGGUCUGUUAUAUCACUCGCUUCACCGAGGAGGCGUUUGCCGCCCUCAUCUGCAUCAUCUUCAUCUACGAGGCUCUGGAGAAGCUGUUCCACCUGGCAGACGUUUUCCCCAUCAACACGAACAUCCAGCUGGACAACCUCAGCCUCUACACGUGUCGUUGUUCUCUACCCGUCAACGCCUCUGCUGACGUCCAGCAGGUCUGGAGCAGGAAGAACUUAACCUCAGAAAACAUCCAGUGGGACCAGCUGAGCGUGAAGGACUGUCUGGGUUUACACGGGGACUUUGUCGGCUCGGGCUGCAGCCAGGACAGACCCUACGUCCCCGACGUCCUCUUCUGGUCCAUCAUCCUCUUCUUCACCACCUUCCUCCUCUCGUCUUUCCUCAAGCAGUUCAAGACCGAGAGAUACUUCCCCACCAAGGUUCGAUCGACCAUCAGCGACUUUGCCGUUUUCCUGACCAUCAUGAUCAUGGUGCUGGUGGAUUAUCUGGUUGGAAUUCCUUCGCCGAAGCUCAACGUGCCCGACCGCUUCGAGCCCACGUCGAACACUCGAGGGUGGCUGAUCUCGCCGCUGGGACCGAACCCCUGGUGGACGCUUCUGGCUGCUGCCGUCCCCGCUCUGCUCUGCACCAUCCUCAUCUUCAUGGACCAACAGAUCACCGCAGUCAUCGUUAACAGGAAGGAGAACAAGCUGAAGAAAGGCUGCGGCUAUCACCUGGACCUGAUGGUGGUGGCGGUGAUGCUGGGCGUGUGCUCCAUCAUGGGCCUGCCGUGGUUCGUUGCAGCAACCGUGCUCUCCAUCUCCCACGUCAACAGCCUGAAGCUGGAGUCGGAGUGCGCGGCGCCCGGCGAGCAGCCAAAGUUCCUGGGCAUCCGAGAGCAGAGAGUCACUGGCUUCAUGAUCUUUGCCCUGAUGGGCUGCUCCGUCUUCAUGACCUCCGCCCUCAAGUUCAUCCCGAUGCCUGUCCUGUACGGAGUCUUCCUCUACAUGGGCGUGUCCUCGCUCAAAGGCAUCCAGCUGUUCGACAGGAUCAAACUGUUCGGCAUGCCGGCCAAACACCAGCCGGACCUGAUCUACCUGCGCUACGUGCCGCUGUGGAAGGUCCACGUCUUCACUGUGGUGCAGCUGUCCUGCCUCAUCGUCCUCUGGACCAUCAAGGCCUCAGCCGCCGCCGUCAUCUUCCCCAUGAUGGUUCUGGCUCUGGUGUUCAUCAGGAAGCUUCUGGAUUUCUUCUUCACCAAGAGAGAGCUGAGCUGGCUCGACGACCUGAUUCCAGAGAGCAAGAAGAAGAGGAUGGACGACAAGAAGAAGAAGGAGAAGGAGGAUGCUCAGCGGAUGCUGGAGGAGGCGGACGACGAUCUGCCUUACGACAGAGAUGUUAUAAAGUUCCCGAUCAAAAACCUUAAAGGACGAGUGGACCCGUCCGAGGUGAACAUCUCCGAUGAAAUGGCCAAAAGCGGCAUUUGGAAAUCCGUUUCCAUGAACUCUGACAGCAAAGGUCUGAAACGCUGCCACAGUCUGGAGAAGUUGCCGAGCGUCCAGAUAAACGUGGAGAACGAGGAAGGCCGAAGAGUUGUGGACGCAGAGACGUCCCUAUGAUCAACUGAUGCUCUGCACCACCAGGUGGCGCCACAGGUGGGGAGUGGCUGCCAUUAAUAAUGGGACUCAUCCGACUUCUCUAAGCCGAGGUGAAAGUUCACUCGAGGACCAAUCAGGCUUCACCUCGUCGUGUUUUCUCUGACGAAGGUGAACUUUUUAUUUUCUCAUCGUUUUAUGGUGAAUCAUGGAGACUCCGCCCCUGGGAGCAAAUCCACCACGUAUGGAAAUGACCUCAUGUUUCUGGUUGGUUCGCUGCUGCGCUGUCAUUGGCUGCUGAAGCAUGGAUCCGAUUGGAUGCUGAUUUUUUUCCAGACUGAUGAAAACAGCUGAAGUUUAAUUUUAUGAUGUAAGUUCUGUGUUUGUGCUUUAAUGAAGCAGCUCCGACUCACAACGAGGUUUUUACUCCGUCAUUUAAUGAUCAUGAUUGUGUGUGUGUGUGUGUGUGUGUGUGUGUGUGUGUGUGUGUGUGUGUGUGUGUGUGUGUGUGUGUGUGUGUGUGUGUGUGUGUGUGUGUGUGUGUGUGUGUGUGUGUGUGUGUGUGUGUGUGUGUGUGUGAGAGAAUGGUGUCACAGUAGAUGUCAUAAAAGGAUUAAUAAAAUCAUUUUGGUCA